CCCCGCGCGCGCACCCGUCUCGAGCGUCGUGCUCGUUCGCAGUCCGUCAGUCUAUCGGCAACCUGCGUACCAGUCGUGUCGCAGUGCUUACGUAACAAUAUAUUAUUAUUAUUCUUACUUGCCUGACCGGUGUGUUGUUCAUUUAUAAAUCGCGGUCUACGUUUUUUCGUUCGUCCCUCGCCGAGUUACUCGUCUUUGCCGCUCGGUCUCUACUCUAAUUAGUUUAAUCGACACGCAAUUGUAUACAUACAAAAGGGUCAAUCGUCAACGUUAAUACAUAUACAUAUCUUUUCUCGAUCAAAUAUAUAAGAACACGCGAAGAAAUACAUAUAAAAUACAAGCACACGUAAAACACGACGAACGCACGCGCCGCGCUCGCGAUAAACGCGCUCUACGUCUCCCGCGAAUCGCCGUUACCUGCCUGUCUCGUCUGCACACGUCGUCGUGCGAGUACAUCCGGAUCCGGAUCGUCGCUGUUCAACAUCGCCGUGCUGGUUCAUCUCCGUGGUCGCGUGAUCGAUCGAUACGCGAUUAUUAAUCAAUAUCGUCUACGAUUACAUACGUGUUGUAAAAUACGCGAAGAAGAGAUAACAGGAGAGGAAUCAGGAUAGCACGUCGCUGCUGCAUGGGUUACUACCUGCGGCCGGUAAAUGAACAAGUGUCGUCGACGAACCACCACUAUAGAGCACGUUCUCUGGGUUCGGCCCUCCUCCACGGGCACGGUGUAUCGAUUGCUCUAAAAUAGACGCGUGGGAACACCUGCAGGCUACAUACACAUUCUACCUACAGCUCAGACUGUCUGGUUCUCGCUGUAGCCCUCUCUCUCUCUUACUUUCCCACUGCAUCGGUCUUUCCUGACGCCCUUGCACAGCUCGUGACAGGUGCAACGAGAGUAACGGCAGCAGCAGCAGUAGCAGCAGCAGCAGCAGCAGCAGCAGCACCGCGCUGUCGUAGGGCUGGAGGUGGUGGAGGUGGUGGCGGUGGUGGCGGAGGUGCAAGCGAUCAAGAAGAAACGUAACAGGAAGCGGAAGAAGCGAAACGAAGGUGAAAAGAAAGAGAGAGAGAGAGGGUAGAAGGGCAGAACGGAAGAAAGUACAAGAGACAUAGAUCGUACGUACGUGGAUAUACGUGCGCGCGCGCGCUCGCCAACGGAAAGGAAAGGAGGGAAAGGUGGAGAAGGAGGAAGGAGGCGAUACGCCUGGGUUUCUCGCGAGAAAAGGGUUAUUUCCAGUGAUACGUCCUGGAGGCGCCUGUCGUCUUCGCCGGUACAACCAUAACGCCGCCCGCUUUAAAACGCCCGAGACGGGAUACGGUGGACUCAUCGCCGCCACCCGCUCGAACCGCAGCCCCCGGAAACCCCGGACCAUCCAGCAAACUCGCUUGCAUCAUGGACGCACCGCUCUCACAGAGUAUGGACUCCGUCAACACGGUAGCCACCGGUGAAGACGAGGUGCGCACCUUGUUCGUGAGCGGCUUGCCGAUGGACGCCAAGCCGAGGGAGCUCUAUCUGCUCUUCAGAGCAUACGAGGGGUACGAGGGGUCCCUGUUGAAAGUCACAAGCAAAAAUGGGAAAACAGCGUCGCCGGUGGGUUUCGUGACUUUUCACACGAGGGCCGGCGCCGAGGCAGCGAAACAGGACCUUCAGCAGGGGGUUAGAUUCGAUCCUGAUAUGCCACAAACCAUACGUUUGGAAUUUGCAAAAAGUAACACAAAGGUUAGCAAACCCAAGCAACCAGCCGCUGCAGCAGCCACCUCGCACCCUGCUCUGAUGCACCCUCUAACUGGACACCUAGGGAGCCCAUUCUUCCCUGGUGGUCCUGAAUUGUGGCACCAUCCACUGGCAUACUCGACCGCUGGCGAAUUACCCGGCACGCUGCAACACGCGACGCUGGUGCAUCCGGCGUUACAUCCUCAGGUCCCCGCGCCCAUGUCUCUGCCGCAUCCUACGACGCUGACGUCGAUACACGCGUCGCUGCCCCAUUUCCUACCUUCGCCGGCACUGGCAUCGCCGGUAGGUUCACCCUCGUCCCAGCCGAACAUAGCAGUGAGCAACGCGCCCUGUUCCACCUUGUUCGUGGCGAACCUCGGCCAGUUCGUGUCCGAGCACGAGCUCAAGGACAUCUUCAGCAGUUUUCCUGGUUUCUCCCGGCUUCGUAUGCACACGAAGGGAGGGUCGCCAGUGGCCUUUGUCGAAUACCAAGACGUUCGCUACGCGGCCCAGGCGAUGGCCACUCUCCAAGGAUCCUUUCUCCUCUCCUCCGACCGGGGAGCAAUACGAAUCGAAUAUGCAAAGUCAAAAAUGGCCGAGGUGGGCUUUACAAAUCUCUGGAUCGAAGGAUCAAAGAGAGAAGAAAACGGGCAACCUUAAGAUCGACAUCAACGGCAUGUAAGAGGAACGAGGGAAGACCAUGCGUGCUUACACCCCGGAAUGCAACGAUCAUCGAGAGACCCGGAUUCAGUUGUUUGCGCAAUGGUAACGAAGAAAACAUCGACAAACAACGAAUCCACGACAAACGGUUCAGCAGGUUUCCAGAGCAAAUCGACCGAGUUGCUCGAGAAAUCGUUGCGAAGACGGAAGAGGCGAUAUGCUAGCGCGGGAAUAAUCACGGGAAACCGAGAAGGAAAAGAAACUAAAAUGGGGUGGGAAUAUAUCGAAAGGAAGAGAAAGUAAAAAGCACGUGCGACAAAAAUGAAAAAAACAGAAAAACAGAGUAACAGAAAUAGAAACAAGAAAGUAAGCAUUCGCGUACACGCAAUAACAAAAAAAAAAAAGGGAAAAAAUACAAAGAAACACGCGUAUAGAGGAAGAAAAUGAGAAAGAUCAGGAAUUAACGAAUGACGAGGCAGGGGUGUGUCUGCGUGUGUAUGGUUCGAGCCUUGUCUCGCGAAAAUCAGCACCACGACAAGUAGGGGAAAGAGAGAAACAAGGAAUAAACGGAACAAAAAAAAAAAAAGAAUUCUUAUAAAUUGCGCGGAGCAACGGCGUUUUAGAUUCGCGACUCGCGGGGGGCCCAAAAUAAUCGCGUAUAUAUGAUAUUCCUAGGUAUAUAUAUUUUUUAACGACUUAACUUAUCGAUCUAUUUCGAUUAGCCGUGUACUACCUUAUCUAUUUAUUUUCCACCGAGUCUUGAUUGCGAUCAACGACGACGACGAAGCGAGAGACACGAAUAGAAGAAAAGGGAAAAAAAAUACGAAAAAAGAAAAAAGAUGAAACGAGAAGAAUACACGAGAAGGAAAGAGACACGAUACAUGUACACACACACACACACACACACAUACACGCACACGCAUACACGAGAAACACGAAAGACACGCGAGAAAACGAGACGGAAGAAUCAUCGCGUCGGUGCGAACUCGCGCAAAGCGUCGUAACGCUCUAGCGAAUUUCUACGCAGAGGCGGUCGCACGUUGCGAUUUCGACACUCGUGACACCAUUUUCUUUCGCAUAUACGCAUCUACACGCAUAUACAGAUACACGAACAACACGCGUAUAUACAUACGUUGGAUACAUACAUACAUACAUACAGAGAGAGAGGAGAGAAGCGUAAAAGCAGGAAGGCACUGUUGAAGUCACACGCGCACGCAUAUAUAUAAAUAAUUGUUCACACGUACACGGAGGAACAUACAGAGUCCACAGUCGCGAAAGAUUCUUUUAGGAAAAUCGAGCCCCGCGCUGUUUUCGAGCAAAUUGUUUUGGAAGAGGAAAGAGAAAUGAAACGGGUUGGAAAUUUAUUGUAUAAUGCACGUUGAUGCAAUUACUCCCGGAGAGACAGAGUAGUUUUGUUGUAGCACGCUCUCUUUAACCUGUUAACUGGAUCGUUUGUUGAAACGUGAACGUGAACGUUUGGAAAGAUACUCCCCAUCUGUUCGAACGUUGAGAGAAUGAAUUUCUAUUUUGCUGUUUCGUAUAGAAAAAUUGAUAAGUGUAAUAGGAACGAAGGAGAGUAUAGAGAACGAAUAUCUAUUUUACUUUUUUAAGGUAAUAAGAGAAAAACGACGGGAAUAGAAUAACGAAGAAACAGUUUGAUAUUUUAACGUACAGCAACGAACGGUGUCGUUUUAACUCCUUGGCUCACGGCGUUCGUCCAUAUUCGUGAGAUCGCGAUGCGUCAGAUAAUAGUUACGAUCUUUUCUCGAUCGAGAAAAUCGAGGACCAUACAUUCAUACGCGUAAUAUAAAAAUUGGCGGAGGAAAACGCGAAAAGUCGCAAGACGAUUCGACCAAAGUAUGCUGCGGAACGAUUAUAUGUCGGAGCGAAAAGCAAAUAAGGAAAGUUAAACAUACCUGUAAGCGUAAACAAAAAUAAUCGCGAAGCAUGGAGUUAAAGCAAAGUACUUAUAUAUAUACACACAUAUAUAUAUAUAUAUUUUUUAAAAUACAAGAAAAAGUAAGUUCAUUCGUAUGGAAAGCAACUUGUUCGUGAAAGUAAAAGACCGAAUUAUAUAUUUCCUAAUUAUCGAAGAUUUUGAAAAGCAACCAUCCAGCCGAUUGCCAGUUAACAGAUUAAAAGUGACGCAGCCGGAGAAAACUCGAGAGAAAUGCUAUCCUAGUAUCUAUAAAUAACUGAAGAAGCGUAUGGAUAUACCGAUUCGACUCGUAACGCAUUCGUUGCAUCUCUGUUUCGUACGAGAAUUGCCAGCAAACUCGAAUCGCGUCCAUUAAUCCCGGGACGAUGUAAUUCGACGGAGGCGUGACUCGUCUCGCGUCACGUAACUCGCGUGCUCGCGAUCCACGAUCCGAGGGAUUCGCGUGGAGAACAACGUCCGACGAAGAAGAGAACGAAACUGAAACGAAAGAGCGAAGGCAAGCGCGGUGGCUCGUAGACGAAAUUGCAUAAUAUAGAGAUACAAAAGAGACGAAGACGAGUACAUCAAGCUUAAUACCAAAGGUGCCCUAAGAAGCGUGUAUUUAUGUUUUAUCAUUGGCGCGUCGCGAAAAGGCGAGCAUAUACAUUUAAUUAUGUAUCUUGUUAAGGAGAGUCUAAUAUCCUAGACGAGAGUGGCGAUGAACGAGAAGCGUGAAUCGGACAAGCGUGAGUGGAAACGAAGAGAGAAAAUACGAAUAUAGAAAUAGCGUGACAGUGUGAGAAAGAGGGAAUGCUAUGAACGAAUGAUCGAUAGAAUGAUUGUAUUAAUUUACAUAAUAAUCUUAUACAUAUACAUAACGAAUGCGAACAUAUCAUAGGAUUAAGCAGUAGAGGGAAGAAAGUUAAAGUUCUUGUAAUAAGGAUAAAAAGAAAAAAAAGUAACUUUUAAAACGAUCUGUCUUUUUAGUGGCGCGGAUAGACAGAAACGAGGAUACGAAGGUGGUGUGUGCCCUGCGUGCUAGAUACGACGGCCAACUCGGCACGUAAUUUGCCCAAGUGCCUUCCCGUUGGUCGAGUCAUGCUGUAAUUCGUACCGUGUAUUAUUCGUCUCGUCCCGAUUUCAAACGUCGAACUCCCCCCUCUCCCUAUUCUCCCGUAAAUCCAUAUUACGUAUUGUACGUAUACCAUACGCAUUAAAGUACGAAAAGAGAAAAAAAAAGACAAAAAAGAAAAAAAGAAAAGGAGAGAAAAAAAGGAUGGAAGGAAUAGUCGCGCAGAGUCCUGAAUUACAGGAAGACGCUUCUUCGAAUUAAAAACUCUUAAUAACUGAUCCAAAGCUGUUCGAGCCUGCCUGAUAGUUUUCUAUCGCCUCGUCGUUUUCUACUUAGACUUUUUUCCUCGAAGGACGGAGAGCUGCCGCAUCGACGCGUGUUCCUCUAAUUAAUAUUUCUCUGCUCGACGAUCGUCCCGUUGAUAGAAUCCGCGUUAACUAUCCCGUACAAAAUGGGUUGAGAAAGAAAGAAUAAGCGGAAAGAGAAGGAAGGGAAAUUUUCGCCGGUAUACGGUAAACGAGAAAGACUAUUUAAAAAAAGAAAACGAGAGAAAACGAUCGAGAAAGUUCGUCAACGGUGAUCGAAAGAAUACUCCUCUGUAUAGCGCGAUGGAAAGAAUGGCAUAUUUUUCUCGUAGAUUCCUCGAAUUUUAUCGCCCGAACGGCUUCCCGAGUCGAUCGACAGCUUCUUUUCUCAGAGUUCACAGCCAAUCAUCGUGCUGAUUAAAUACGAUCCUCGUCGAACAACCACUGGGCAUUUAUUAUACGCAUCCGCAAUUAAUAGUGGCGAGUGGUGAUUAAGUGGUGUAAAGGUGUAAUAGAGAGUGGUAGAGAGUGUUAACCGAACCGUGUGCACGUCAAUGGCGAGAAAUUACGAUGAAAGCGAAGAAUUCAUCGUCGGUGAAGCUAAUUCACACUGUGGAACGGCUAAUUUCACGAUUGGCGUUCAAAAGACACUUCGUCAGCGACAUGAGCCGACCGUCGUAAUUGCUCUCGAGCGUCAGAACGCUCCUUUAUUUUUCUAUUUUCCAUGAAAACACGAGCCGAGAAGAAAAGAAAAGCACGCUCCGAGGGGAGGAAAAACGAGAGUGUUGUGCACAGUUUUAUUCCGUGCACGAUUGUAUUCGUGUCGAGAUGAGAGUUACGCGUGUCUUUAGCGUCGAUCUUCUCGCGAUCGUGCCCGAAUCGCUCGUUCGAAAAAUCACGAACUGAAAAUCUCGUUGCUCGAUGAAAAUGAAUCGUUCUAGAACCUUUAUAUUUGACCAAUUUCUUUCUAAAAUUAUCCAGUACGUAUAUACUAUUAAGAAAAUUCUAUUUAAUUAUAUAUUAUAAUAACCACUACUAGCGUCGAAAUUCCAUUAACGAAUUAUACGAAGAGUUAUUUAUAAUUCAUUAUAUACAAAAUUAUGCUAAUCGUGCUAUUGCUAUGCGUUAAAAAUUCUACUUAACAAAUGCUAGAUUAAUUUCUAAUAUCGACGCAACACGACUAAAUCAAAUUAUUAAAACAAUUAUUUGUUAUAACUUAGAACUUAGGAAAGUAGCUUGACCGCGACAAAUUUUCCUCUUUUUACUCAAUUUUUGCCGGGCAAGCAGCGUCGUUUAAAGGUCCAGGCGGAACAAACCGCCUUUCUAUCUGGCUUUCUUACCACGAAAUAAAAAUCUGCCUGACCUGAAAGAAGAACUUGGCCGGUCCGUUUGCAGAGAACUGGACCGUCGCAAAAAUUUAGAGCGAGACGAGGUGUCCCUUGACGCUGGAAACGGUAAACGCAGCUCGUCGGGCAACGAGAUCGCUCAGGAAGAAGUGUGUCAGUAAUCUCAAGGCUCGGUGAAACAAUUGAAAAUGGAACGGACAACUUUUAAAAUCGGCUCGAAGCUUUCGGCGAUGCCGCGAUGAUUUCGAAUUCUAAGGAAACAUGUCGCUGAAUCGAAGAUGGAACGAAAAACAAGGAGAAAGAGAGAGAGACGGAGAAACGAAAGUAUGCAACGCGAGGUUUCAGGGUUGUCACUUUUCUGAUACAUAUCGUUAGAUCGUUAAGAGCUUGCCGAGCAGGUCGUUUAAAGAUAGAUAAUUGUCCUGGAAAGCGUUUACUCGUCGUCCAUUACGACAAAACGAAGCAAAAAAAAAAAACGGGAAUUUUCAUCCAGCGUUCCUUUAUCUUUUAUCAAUUUUUUCAAAAAGGAAAGGAAAAGUGAAUGGACAUAAAAGAGAAGUUGGUUCCUUUCGCCCGUGGUGAAUGUAUAUUUUAAUAUUAUUUUUGCUGUAAAUAUAACUAUAAAAUCGGAGACAGAUAGAUUCAGCUAUGCAUGAAACAAAAUCUUCACAGGAAAAAAGAAUAAAUAUAGAAAUUCUUCGUUCUCGUCUUUGUCUUUAAAAACUUGUUUUGAGAAGAUCAAUUAACGCGUGUAUCAGCUACAGAGGUAUUUAUUAAUAUCAUUUGAUCUACCUUAGAGUGUAGAAGCAUUAAAACGUCCUUUUACGAGAAAAAUCUCGCAAAAGGAUUUCACGAAGAUCGAGAGAACGUUUCAAAAAAGAAGGAAAGGCCGUUUUCAUACCGUUACGAGAUGGUAGUGCAAUUAUCCUGGAAAGUAAUCCGUGUGAAAUUGGCCAGAAAUUUGACUCUGAAUGAACGACUUCGGUAAACGCUCUCCGGAUGAUCGUUAGUGUAACAAAAAAAAAGCAAAAAAGAAAAAACAAAAAAGUGUGUAAACCGCUUGAAUCCGUGAACUCGUCGAUCCAUGAACAUAUCACCGAAUUUUUGACUCGUUAGAGUAUCGUCGAUGUAUAUAUACAUAUAUACAUAUACAUAUAUAUAUUCAUUAUAGAUAGUGAUCGAAUAAUUUUUUUCCUGAUAGUCGGUAUAGAAAAAUGUGAAAAAGGUUUUAUCGAAUCUCCUCGGAUGCUCUCUUAAGUGUGUCUUGGAUUAUAUACAUGGGUAUAUUAUAUAUACAUAUAUAUAUAUGUAUGUGUAUAUAUAUAUAUAUAUAUAUAUGUGUGUAUAUAAUAAAUUUAUUAAAACAAAUUGUUUUACAUUGGUAGCGGGGAAGCGUAGUUUCAAAGGUAAAAGGAGUUAGUCAAUUCGUCUGUGCAAGCGUUCCCUUUUAAACGAGAGUCAUCGUGAUUUUAAGGAAAACACGGAGAAAAAAUAAAACGAGAGACACGCAUUAUGUGAUCUUUGGAAACGAUGGAAAGCAUAGCCUAAGUUGUAAAAUCCAUGCGAGGCCUUAUAUUUGCGAAUUCGGAGAGAGCGACGACGCAAAAAAAAAAAAAAAGGAAAAAGAGAGGAGAAGUAUGAAACGGCACAGAUUCGUUUGCCUUUUGUUACUGUCGUUAUUAUAAUUAAUUUAUUAGAAAAGGAAAGGAGCAAAGUGAGUGGCAAAAAAUGGGAAUUAUAUCGAGUAUCUUCGAUUCCGAAGAAAAAAUGAUCCCCAAAGAAAAUGGUUCUUCUUCGUCAUCUUGUACUUUUUCUUCUUCUUCUUCUUCUUCUACUUCUUCUUCUUCUUGGGGGAAUCGUUCGUCGUCAUGGAUCCUUCUUUCGAGUCUUCAUCAGGUCCCAUUAGAUCCGCGGAUUAUUGAAUCGAGCGUAAUUCGAACUGAAUCGCGAACCGUGACUACCGACGUGGAAAAAAGAGGAAAACGAAGGCUCUCGAAUGCCUUUCCCAGGGCAACGUAUUCGCUUGACCUUAACGUAACAUAUCAUUUUACAAUUAAAAAGAAAAAACAAUAGUUGUACUGCCCAAGAUAGAGAGUGAAUGAACGUGAUCUGCGUAUAUAUGUGUGCGUAAGUGUUAUUAACGGUAACGUGUGAGUGUUGAACAAUUUCUAGCUAAUUAGAACGACGAUCCACGCAAUUCCUGUCCGUAUUUCGGCCCGAAAAAGCAAAGUAAUAUCGUACAACAAACGCGUGAAACUGAAUACACCAAAAUACACAAGAAGCGAUUACUCGUGUGAACGCGCGUUUAUCGUCGACGUCGCGCGUGACCACGCAACGUUUUGUCGUCGACAAAUUUUCAUUCGAACCUCACUCUAUUAAAAAAACAAAAAAAAAAAAAAAAUAGGAGAAACAAUAAGAAUUGCGACGACGCUUCGGAAAGAAGAAGCAUCGUCGCGGUGUUAAAAAAAAAAGUAUAAUUCUUCGGCACUCGCGGCCAAGCUUUUGCUACUUUUGUAUGAAAACGACGAAAAAAAAACUUAUUACGCCACCGAAGCUGUGAGAAAUCUGGAAGAAUAAAAAAAGAACAAGAAGGGAUGUGUCAAAGGAAGAAAGAUAAAACGAGGGAAAACGCGAAAAAGAAAUGUUCGGCAUGCGCGAAGUCGCGAUCGAGCGACACGAUUUUUCGAUAUCCAGCUACUCGUAUCGCUUGCUCCGCUAUUAAUUACUCGACAGCUCAGUCGCGUUCCAUUGGCUCGUUUUGGAUCUUUUUCUUCUUUCUCUUCAACUUUGUCGGCAACGCCUCGAGAGUCUUCUAUUUUCGCGAAAGUAGAUGCAUAGACAAAGUCAUUGAAAUCAUAAAAUUGGUUAUAUUAUUAAGAUGUCUUGAUUGUUCGAAGGAUACGCGAAUGAUCGACUUUAUUCCUGUUAAGAGUUCAUUUAAAUUAUAGAAAUGCGAGGGUUCCUAAGAGAUUAAAGAGCUCUGAGAAUCUUUAAUCACAGAUCGAAGAACUUUCAAAAUUCAAAGGAAAAUACAUUUUCGAUAGUACAAUUGAAAGGAAUUAGAAGAGAUCCAAAAAUUCGAAAUGAUAAUUCUACCAACUAAAGUCGGUCGAUUUUCAUCAAAAUUCACCGAUCGUACUUUCCAUGGGUAAUGUUUCUUCGUUCCGAUAAAGAUGGAGAAAAGUCGUCGGAAAGAAAAAACAGAUUGAACGCAUAUCGAGAAUAGCCCAAAACGAGCUGAAGGAAUCGCUUUCACCGAAGACAACGAGGGAAACUAGGGAAGAAUAGAGAAAUAUUCAGCGAUAAGAAUACGCAAUUGUUAGAUCGGACUCGAGAGAAUCAAAGUUUCUUCUUCGACCGUGUAUUUUUCGUUGUACAGACACGACCAAAAUUAUUAAACCAUUGAAAUUGAAAUUUAUAUCUUGACUACGACUCAUUCAGUGAAAAAAACCAUUAUCGAUACAAACCUGGAAAUGUUAUUUUAAAGAGGAGGAAGGAAUCAACGAUCGUGUACAACAAAAAAUCACGAAUAGAAGAUAGGGAAAGCUGAAUAAACGAACAACAGGAGAAAUCGAUUCCGUGCGUGAUACGAAAAUCAACCGAUGUAACUGGUUAAUUCGCAACGCAAAAGAUACAUUUGCGAUGAGGUUCGCUCGCUCGCGAUGAAUCGUUUCGAUUAAAUCUAAAAAGUGCUUUACAAGUGAACUAAGGAAACUCAUAUCAGUAGGCAGUACGCUAUACAGUUUACAAUUAUAUAGAAUGGCAUUUCGCAUAAGGAUUAGUAGAAACCAAUAUAAAUACGGAAAGUAUAUAUAUAUAUACAGAUAGCUAUAUAUAUAUUGGAGUAAAGGAAACAAAUAUAUAUAUAUGUUUAUCAUACGUCGUGAACGGAAUGACGAAGAGGAGUGAAAAGAGAAAAGAGGGGAGGGGGGAAGAGAGAGAGAAAAAAAAGAAGAUAAAGCAAAGUACACACGAAUCAGAUAUUUUGUACUGUGACUAAAGAAUUAUUCUAACGAGUCCGUUUUUGUUUCUUUUUUACAUACGUAUAUGUAUAUAAUAGAUAUGUAUAUGUAUACACGCGAAAGCACAGGCAAUAGAUCACGAAGAAAGAACCCGAACGAGGCUGACCAACCGUGCGAUCGAGAGCUUAUAGAUUCUGGAUCCCUUGGAUCAUGUUUUUUCACGCCAACUAAAAACAAACGACGAAAUCAAGAAGAAUUUCCAAGAAAUCUACUCUCGUGGAUCGUGUAACGAACGUUAACGGACAAUUCGGAGACGUAACUCGUCUCAAGAGUGUGGCAAGUCUUUAUCGUGUUUCCUUAAGAACGAACAAGAAGAGUCCAUCACGGCGACAACGUCAAACUAUCGAUAAAAGGCAGAAGCGCUUAAGAAAGCACAGGUGAGAAGAUGCGAUCGAGAAAAAGAACAUGAUUUUCCGCAUGAUCCUGUACAAGCCGGAUAUUUUCUAUGGAACUCGAAGAAGAUCUUUAUCCAAUAGGAGAAGGAACAGAGAAAACCUGCGUUCUCUUUGUUUGAACGAAGGAAAUAUAUAUAGCUGACGAACACCAAAGACAUCGAUACGUAUAUCUAUCGUAUAUCUAUCCAAAGAUCGCGAGGAUAUUUAGACGGCAGUGUUGUGUCGUCAUUGCGACACGAUGUUACGACAAAUCGUCGAACACCCUGUGAACGGUGAAAAGUGGUGUCCGGCCGAAGGAAACAAGACGUGCGAGCUCGAAAUUUCAAAGUGACGAGCAGGGCCGACGAAUGGAAAUACACGGAUGAAAGAUAGAGAAACGAAAAACCUGCCACAUACACAGAGAUAAAAUAGAUCCCGAAUCCGUCCUAACGAGACGACGCGCUGAAAAUCGACGAAUCUCUGGCCCGGCGCGUAUCAGCACCGCGAGUCCGAGUUUAAGAAAAGUAGGCCAGUCUCGAAACGGUAUUUUUCCAAGCAUCCGAGAAAUUAUUUUUGAUCGCGUAACCUCGCUCUCUGUCCACGAUAUUCUUCACCGGAACGCUGGUUAGACCGAAGCAAACGUGUCCAUAGGGAGGCCUUCGGGUGUCGAGCUACCGAGUUUCGAGCGUUUCAUUCCGUAAAUCGUGACCACGAGCUCGCACGCCUUGUAAAUCGAUAAGCGGAGGAAGGUAAAAAUGACCGUAUCUCGUGACCAAGUUUCUCAAACGAUAUUACGUUUUGAUAGGAUCGAAGUGUAAGACGAAGGAGUGGGAAUAGAGGCUGACCACGACGACACGAAUGCUCAGCGUUCCACCGAGAAGGGAAGGAAGAGGUAUUCUUAAUGGAAGAAGUAUAGCGCAGCCGUGAAAUAACGGCUGAACAUGUUUCGAGCGUCUAGGUAAGAGAAUUGAUGGAACUUUAAGAAAUCGAAGAGUGGGUCGUUCGUAUUUAACGUUAUAUAAUUAUUUCGCGAAUAAUAACAUUCGCAAAUUUCGAUAUAUCUUUGAAUAUAUGUUAUCCGUAUUUAACGUAAUUAUCGUACGAAUGGAAAUUACAUUUGUGUAAAUAAAUUUCUAUAACUCGAGAGCGUCUGCAAAAGUUUCAUAGAUGGUCGAUGUUGUAACAUAUUUGCCAAGGAUGUUGCAAUUUGGAUAACAAAUACUUGAAACGCGACGAAAUUCCAAACGGUAAAAAUUACUUGCCAUUUAUUACACACGCCAUCGUUCUAUUUCUGAUACAAACGGAACGAUGUUUUCAAUAUCACGUAAUAUGACACACGCGCAAACCUUGUUUAUUAUUUUAACUAGUAAUAUAUAUAAUUUUAGAACUUUUAAAGAGAACCGUAGAAAUCCGAUCGUCGAUUACUAAUCGUCGUUCGAAAGCUUGAAAUCGAAACUUUGCAGAAUCUCGUGUAUCGUCGUCGAUAGCGUUUCAACAAAGUUAUUACGAAAUACGUGUUUCGAUUAUGCUUCGAUUUUCUAUCGAAGUAUAUAGAACGCCUUUGUGAAAAAAGUUUUACACGCGAUCGCGCCAUACUUCUUCCAGCAAUCAAGUAGGUUACAAGGAACGUUGGAAUAAAAGUGAUAGGAAAGCGAAAUCUCGCGACCACGUACAAUAAGACAUAUCAUUUUUUCUAAUAUACCCAGACGACGUAGAUUCUCGUCUAAAUAGAUUAAAGAGAAGAAAAGGAAAAGAAAAGCGAGGAGCUUUCGAAAGACUUCGAAAAUUGUCCUCGAUCGAUCGUCACCUACCUUACCGACAAUUUUUUCGAUCUUUCUGAUCAUCAAAAGUAAUAAGAAAGUGGUAAAAAGAAAAGAGAAAAAAGGAGGAAUAGGUAAAGAGUUUAAAGGUAGAAAAUCGUCAAGUCCAUACAUUCCGAAAGUAUAAUACGGCGCAUUAAUUAGGGACCGUAGCUAUCGUGUAUAAAUAUUUACAGAUAUUAGGCUCGGCUAUAAUUUAAACGCUAUAUUUAUUAUUAUAUACAAAGGUUUUAAGGUGUUAAAGAAAAGAAAAACUUGUAACUCGUUCUAAUCUAUAAUAGCAUACAUCUCGUGAUGUUUUUUUUUCUCGUCGAGUUUUUCGACCGUUUCGCGAUUAAAAAAACGUGUGUGAUCGUAGAUUGUUCGACGUAGUUGUUAUUCGAAAGGGAUUAAUAAUGUCGCGUGCGCUUCUUUUCCGUGCUCUAUGUGUUUUAGUUGCACAUCCGUCUGGCGAUGCUUCGCGUAUAUUAGCGGAAGUGACGUUGCCUGAAAGUAAUUUUUAUCCCUCUGAUUGACAGGAUGGAGUCGAGGCGAUCUACAUCGUAUAUUUCUCAAAUAACAUCGUUCCCAUCGAUUACAACUAUCGUUUGUUACCGUUGAUCGUUAUUUAUAAUGCAUUUACGGGAAAUUUCCAAAUGCGGAAAUACACGUAGCAUAUAAAAAUACGUAAAAUAUCCAAAGUAUGGUACUCUUUAUAAUCUUCAGUUUUUACUUAGAUUCCAUGUUUUUAAUUGUAUUUGAAGAAAUAUGAAUUCGCGUUUGCUCGUAAAAUAUCGCGUAAUCUCGUAAUUUCCAAGAUAUAAUCGAUUCUGACUGACUCCAUUCUAUCAGUUACGUCGAUAAAUACACUGCUCAAGAUAGAUAGUUAGAAAACGAUCUAUCGAUCUUACUUGUAAACAUAGAUAUUAUUUAUUUAACAAAUUGUAAUUGGAAGUUUUCGUAUGUUACACGCGUACACCAUGGUUUCGCAUACACGACAGGCGAACGAUUUUCGCAAACGAAUGCAACCCAUAUGCACCACGAUGAAAGUGUGCGCGAUAAUUGCUUCUAUCUGACCUUGCAUCCGAGUUGAAGCCACUUUCUGCGUUUCAACAAUUCCACAGCCGAUUCUAUUCGGCCGCAAUUGGAAUCAACGCUCCGUAUCUCAUGCGUGAUAUCGGUCCCUAUAAACGCUCUCGUAGUUUCCUAGGAAUCAUUCCAACACGUUUUCUUAACACGAACGGCACAUCAAGAAAAUUUCCAACGGCCAGUCCUUGUUCCGAAGAACGGUGGGAAAAGCCAGUCGAUCGAUAGGUAGACUACGUAUAACUUCGAAUAAUCUACGAUUCUAAUCUAAUUAAAGCGCAAAUAGCAAUUUCUUCGUACAAUAUAUUUAAAAAAGAAAACAUAUCUAAAAAUAUCCUUUUACUUUUUAAACUUGUAAUUCGUAGAAUUAUAUUGAAAAAAAAAUGAAGCAUACAACAAUUGAAUCUUUCUUUAUAUAAAUAUAUUUCGCAAAAAUGAAAUAUUUCAGACUACAAAAUGUAACUACACUUUGUCGUGUUAUUUUCGAACCUCGUAGCCCGAAGAACUAAAACCGAGGAAAUCUAUCACCAAAUGAUUUACGAUAUAUUUUUGUACGAAUGGUGUACGAUAUAUGUAUAUAUAUUUUUUUUUUUUUUUUAUACUUCGAAUCAUUGAUUGUACUGAGCAGUGUAUUUCACCUUUCAACUCGAGAUUUGAAAAAGAAUCUCGCGGUAACACGGAUGUUCCAUCCCAUUCAUUCCCGCGGAUGAUCCGCAUGUCGAUAGUCAAUUCGUCGAUAUUUUACAUGAAAAGAUAAUUCCUGACAGAAAUUGCCGCGUCACCGAUCUCGUGACGUUGAUUCAAGUCGAUUAAUCGACUCUUUUAAUAAAACAAUUAGGAAAUUCCGUGAAACGUCUGCUUCGACGUUAUAUGUAUAUUACAUAUAGGUGUUUAUUCAAGGAAAUUUCAUUCUCGCUAUCAGAUGUUCUUUGCACAUAGGUACCUGAAAGGUUCGACUAUUUAUUAAUUUGUCAAGGCUGCGUAAACAAUCCCAAAGAAUAAAAGAUGCUAUUUUACGUGUCCGUGAUGAUGAAUCUCAUAGGUAUCUCUUAAGCGUGUAAUUAUCGUGGUACAGACGAACGGCGAUUCGCAUAUCGUCAUGCGUCGCCAUCAUAAUUUUACUACGUGAAACUAAGUGGAACAAUGGAAAUCAAUUUUCUUUUUGUUUUGUAAAUAUUCGAUUAGAGACUGUCUAAUGAAAAAAAAAAAAAUCUACCUAUAGGAAAUUUCGAAGAAUCUUGGAUAGAAAGAAUUUCUGUAAAUCCUAAAUACGUUUCAAAUGUAAAGAAAUUUGAACAAAGAAUCUCCGUAAAUUCCAAGAAACCUUACAUGAAGGAUCUAUACAAAACCUGAGAUAACGUGCGAUAGAAAGUAUCAGUAAAUUCUGAAAAAUCUUCAACAGAGAAUCUCUGAAAAUUGUGAGAAGUGUCGGAAGAUCGCUCUUUUCGGAGUUUUCUUACGUAAUGGAAUAACUAUGGAAAUCGCAUAAACUCGCGAGAAAGUAUCGGUAAAUUCUGAAAAAUCUUUAAUAAAAAAAAAAAAACUCUGAAAAGUGUUUGACAAACGAAUGCUCCGAAGAUCCUUAUACGAUAGAAUAUCUACGGAAGAUCCACAUAAACUUGGGAGAACCUUCUAUAAAGAAGAAAGAUAGAUAUUCCAAAGUGAACCAUACAUAUCAAAUAAUAAACGAUAAUCUUCGUUAUCGACGUUUACAAUCGCGCAUAAAUGGGAUAGUUAUUAACGAUGGCCACGAUGACUGACUCGAUCGUCCGUGGACAUUGAUUCUGACUAAUUAGAAUUAUAGAAGCCAAUUAAACAAGCCUCGAUCGAAGAAUCGAUUAACAACGAUGAUCGCGUAUUGGAACAAUGUUUGUAUUGUAAAAGUAAAGUAAAAAAAGUAAAGAAAAGGAGGGGGUUGGGGGAAAUAUUACAUAUGGGAAGACACGAACCAAGACAAAGAAAGUCUACGUUUAUUUAACAACGUACUCGAUAAUGUAUGCGAACAAUGAAUACAGGAAUUCGAGAUCUACUUACUUAUAUAGAUAUUUAUGAUAUUCGUGAUAAACUGAUAGGGUCGAAGCAGAUGAAAGUUAUAAAAAGCAAAAGAAGCGUGUGAAAUUAGUAGAAUUGAUGUCUACACGUCGGACGACGUUUAUAGAAUGGGUGCAUCGUUAAAGGAGAACGAUAAACGUUAUUAUGGUUGAGUUAAACAUCGAAGUUUAACGAUGUAACGAUGUACAGGGUGGUUCGUCAUUGAUGAAAUUUAUUUAGCGAUCGAUUUAGCAUUGAAAAUUAUUCUUUUUAAUUAUAAUUUUAUAUUAUAGUUGCCCCGUUGUUUUUAUAAUAAUUAUACCUUCUCAAAAUUCCUUGUACUUUUUCGAAAGAGUGAUAUUCUCUUUAUUAUUAUCGACUUUUGAUUUCGAAUAAAUCAACUGUAAUUUAAACACAAUUGCGAUCUAGUUUUGACGUUUUUCGAUGCUUGAUCGAUCGUUAAAUUAGAACCUAAAAAUAAUGAAACGUCUCGUAUAUGUAAAAAGAAAAUUUUUUAAAAUAUAACAACGUUACAAUGUUCGUAAUUAGCUGUUUAAAUUAUAUCUUAAAAAUGCCGACUACUUCGGGUUUUAGAAGAUCAUCCGAUAAGCGCGUUUAAAAUAAGUUGUAUGAUCUUUAUUUUUCACCAGCAAGAUAAUUGCCUCGACGGAAGGCGUGACGAAAAUUAUUCAAACACAUUGUGAAACAGAAACUGGUGUUGCACAAUUCCAGCCGUUCGUAACAAUGUUCGCAAAGUAGACGCGUAAAAGGUCUACUUUCCUUCUAAUAAUUUAUCACUAAUUAGCUACCAUCCGCUUAUGAAUCGUAACGAACGCGACUCCAAAUCACCGUUGCGUGCUUAACACCACUUAACUUCGACUUCUUGGUACGAAAUUGUACUAAAUUAUGCGCAUAAAAGGUGAUUAACGAUGAAAAGAAGGAAAAUACGAAGAACCUCUUACGCGCAAAAAAAUCAGCUGUAAUUAAGUAGCCUGACAUUGGUAAUCUAGAAUUUCUGGAACAAGGUGAAAGAUCUACCUUCUAAAUUCUACUUUUUAAAGCUUAAUUAGUCCCCGUUUAAGAAGGCGAUUUCCAAUAUUAACUUACAAAAGAUAGAUACUCCCAUUUAAAUAUUUUAUCGUAUAUUUGUUUUUCUAUAAUCUAAUAAUUUACAUAAUCGUACAUCCAAUAAAAUAAAGAAGAAAACGUGAAAAAUCUGUAGAACGUAAAAUUGAAGCAUAAAAGACUCGAAAGGUAUUUAUCCUCCGUACUUGUAUUCCGUACUGUACGAUUAAUUAUUCGCAUCGAUAUCCUCUCUAGAACAUAUUAAUUUAUUUAAUUAUGUAUUUAAUAACAUUUAUUUACCUAUGUAUUUACCUACAUAGAAAGCAAAGUUUCAACGUUCUUACUAUCCCAUAUCGUACCAAUAAUACGAUAUAUUUAAUCUCGUUUUCUCUAACUUAUUUAUUCGUAUUUAUAAUCUUUGUGAUUUCGCAACAACCAAAGACAAGAUACCUGUUGUAUUGUAUUGAUAACCGCGUAUUUAAACGAAAAUUAUUUAUAUCCAAAAAGAAAGAGGCAUUUCAUCGUUGGUAAGCACCUAAGAAA